GAGAGAGGACGGAGACAGGAGCAGCCUAGAUGUACAAGGGGAAGCGACAGUAGCAGUGGAAAAGCAGACACCGCCAGAAAAUCUACAAAAAAGAGGUGAUUUGAAUCGUCACUCCUUUGCUCGGGCCUGACUGACAAUCGCUCCGUUGGAUAAAGACUUAAUUGGCUCUGUACAAAUAGCCAGAACAAUAAACAACCAAAAUAAACAGAAUGCUGCAUAGAAAACAAGAGUGGGAGUGACAAUGCACUGACAUUACUAUGGAUAACGCCUAUUUAUGAAGACAACACAGGACUAAACCUCUUUCUACCACAAAUAUACUAUGGAUGUUCUCAGCUGGGUUGCAGGAUAGUGAUUUCAAGUUUGAUUUUUUGUAAGAUUUUAUUUUUAUUUGUUACCAUGGCGUUUGCGAUCGCAGUUGCCAUGGACCAAGUUUCCCAAAAUUAGUGACACGCACCAACGUUCACCAUUCACAAUUCUAACUUCACUCGCGCCUCCCACAAGUCCCUCCCACCGUCAGGCAAUCAGCCAAUCAUGGGCAAGCCUCUGAGUCGGCCCGGGUGUUUCAGGAAGAGCUCCUGCUGCCUGGAGAAACACGGAUUUGGCGGUGACGUGGGCGUGGGAGGCCGGGACAUUGGUAUAGACGGAGGGUACGGGGAUGGCUACGUACCGCAAAGGUCAAUCUACGAUACGAUGUGCAUAAACCAGCAAAUUGACAGCCACCACCAUCAUCACGGGGGGUCUGUACGUUGUGAUGCAGGAAGUGAUAGUAGCUUUUACUCUACAAGCGGUUCAUUGAGAAUUAGCAGAGGUCCCGGUGACAUGUUCGACCAACAACCCCGCUCGCUAACUCCCAAUCCCUCGUUUGUACGACGCUUGGAUGAAAGAGCGAUUUUUGAUUCGUUAAAACUAGAAGGUCACGAUAUUGACGCUAUGUGUCUGCCAUCUGGAGACUACAGAUCCGUAUCGCCGGCUAUGUCCUCCUUCUCUGCGCCGGGGAUCUCUUCUUCCUCCUCCAAAAAGCAUCACCACCAUCAUCACCUCCAUCACCAUGGAGACAGCACUAAGAGCAGAGAAAGUAGGCAUUCGUGGAAAGUUGUAACACCCCCAAAGCAGAUGGAGUGUAUGGAAAUGACUACCGCGGAUAUGCUAGACAGGGGAGGAGGGGCGUAUUUGAAUCCAGGACACUACCCACCGUCAGCGGGACAAAAUUCAUCGCUAACCUCUCCACUCAUCUCCCCGUUUUCUGGUUCCCCUCUGUCUUCAGGAUACCACACACCAGUUUUUUUCUCCCCAGCUAAACCACGACCAAGCCAAACACAAAGUUUAAGAUGCUCUCCCCCUCACAUAAUGCAACCAUCAAGACAUUACUCUCAAACUCAAAGCCUAAGGAUGUCACCUCCGCAUGAGUUACGCAGAUCUCCCUACAGGGCUCAACUGGUGCAGUUGUCUGCACACGAUUUGGAACAAGACUUGCGUGACCGAGGAGGAGGAGGUGGAGGAGGCUGGGGGCGCAAUGAGAGAGACUGGGAGAGAGAGAGGGAGAGAGAAAGGGAGAGAGAGAUGGAGAGAGGGUGGGCGCAGCGAGAGUGGGAGAGAGAAAGAGAGAGAGGGAGGCUGGAGAGGGAGCGAGCAAGGGAAAGAGAGAGGAGGGAGAAUUCAUUUGGGACUUUUGGAUACGGCAGACCAGUUCCAUUAAGAUCUGACAGGGAUUCGGUUUUCCUAGAACCUGAUCCGAUGUUAGAUACAACCCCAUUGCUCCUACCGCAACCCUCACCUUCGCCAUCUCCAAGUGGAGCACCGAGAAUGGGCACCGGAGCAGUUGGCAGGAACAGAGCUGGUUCUAAAGUUGGACCAGAUUGUCUAAGUGGAGGGAUGGUUCUCGUUGAUGGCAAACCUAGCUGUCUACCACGUUUAGUUAGUGAAAUUUGCCAUGUAUCCGACGCCGAUAUGAUGCCGAUGCAAGACAGACAUAGAGCAGAAAGCUGGAGCAAGCAUAAUAAUGGGUCACGUUCUAGUUUCAAAAAUGAAGUUAAAAUGGGGUCACAGGUUAAAACAAGACCAAUCGGGAGAGAUUUGGAGGGCAGAGUUCAAUCGGGGAUGCAAGUUGAGCGAGCAUCUUCGGUUGUCAAUCAUAGAGACUCACAUAGAGGAAAGAGUAUGGAUAUGUGUACAAAGAUAUCCAAAACUGAGUCCAUUCCAGAGUUUAUGCAGCCAACUCAACCAGAAAUUGAGAAAGAAAUCCAUAAUAUUGAAACAACGACCCCUCCUCCAAACGAAGCUGUUGAAAAUGAGACACCAGUGGAGACUAUAAAACAAGUCGAGGACAACAUGAAUAAAGCUCAAAUAGAGAGUGACGCAUUGGUAGAAGCUACACCAGACCCUAAUGCUAACACAGAGGAAUUCAUUGUCUCCAUAGCUGAGCCAGUGCAAGAGGAGCAGCGAAAUGACAUUGAUGUAAAAAGUAAAAAUCCAAAUGAAGUUGUUAUAGAAGUUCAAAAGGAAGAGACAGAGAAUGCUUUAGUAAACAACGAAACAGCAAAUGAAACUACUGAUUCACAGGUUGAGGAUAAGCCUGAAAAGAAGUCAAUAGAUAUUGAUAAAAUUGACUCCAAACACGUCCACAAAGGCUCGAAAUCUCACAAACACAAGUCAUCAAAAUCCAAGUCCAGUUCUCGGUCUAGACCAGGGACUGCAACCGGAUCACGUCCAGGAGUACUAAGCAGAGGUCUACGUGGUUUAGAGUCCCCUACACCAGCCGACGGUAUCGAAUCAACAUGGCCGCGUCGAAUGAUGGUGCGAAAAAGAACGGUUCGCCAAGGGGGGGCAUUGCAUAAUUUGCCAAUUUUGCCCCCUCUGCCCUCUGUGUUAACUGCAUUGGAGAAAAGGCGACCUCACGGACAACAUCAACUGCAUCACUCUGAAAAUCCACUUUCUAAUAUCACAAAUUCAACUGGUAUUGUUGGGAGGUGUUCACUGAAAGAGCCGUCUCAUUUUGAAAUGGGACAAGGAAUAAGUCCCGUGGGGAGAGCAUCUCUAAAAGAACAAAAUUUAGAAAGUUGGAGGGUUGUGAGGGAGCAAGACGAUUCGCAAAAACCAAAAGGGAGAGAGAAAAGUGUGGAAAAAGAGCCCAAAAAGCCAAAGGAGUCAGUGAAAGAAGACAGGAGUCUAGAGAGACCAAAGCAAGUAGACGUGACUAUUUUUGAGAAGGAAAAUUUUGACAUCCACACUGACCUGAUCAAAGAAAUAAAGCAAGAUGUGCCUGAAAUCAGUCUGAAAAUUCAACAUGAAAGUAAACUGGAGACUCAAGUCCAGAUGGAGCAGGUACGGGAUGUAGGCGUGACAAUUUGUGAAGAUUUACUUGACCAGCAAGACAGUGAACUAGAAGAAGUUGUGGCAAAAUUCAGCAUUGAGGAACCAGAUAUCGAACCUGUCCGAUAUCGUGAUGAGGGAGACAGCUGGGAUGACGUUUUAGGAAUUGUCAACACUUUAUGGGAUGAGGAAGGUUGGGAAAAAAGAGGAGGAGAUAUUGAAGGGGAGGGAGAUGCGGAUUCUCUUUCUGGGUCCUUACAAAGAUGGCCGCUGCUUCGCCCGCCCAUUGGUUUCGGAGGUUCUCAUCCGCCUUCGUCCGCGGCUUCGGAGCUGAGUUUGACGGAGUUGGAGAGGAGAGCGAGAGAGCUGGAUUCGGAUUUGGAGCACUUGGAUCUUUCACAGCCGCACAGGGAGACGGAGGAGUUGUAUCCAACCCUGCAUGAUUCAAGAGAGAGAGGAGACAUGUAUCAAACGCACCCAGGACCUCAGAGAGACAAAACCACAGCAAUGACAGGUAAAUAG